AUCCCACCUCACACGAGCCUGCGUCUACGCAUCAUCAAAGAAAGAUAUGAGAUGCCAUGGAGCUAAAUGAUUGCCAAAAGAAAUAUAAAAGAUCAAUAACAACUAGCUAUUUAUAAAGCUCGUCUGAGGUACAAGCAGGAUUUUCUUUUACCAAUGGCACCGAUUUAAAUUUCCUCGUACCAGACAUUCAUCCUUCUAACAGCCAACUUGUUCAGUAAACUUGGCUCACAUGAGGAAGCCCUCAGACAUCCGACUUGAGUGAACCAAUCAUGAGCAAGCCUUGGAUCUUUGUAUGCCCUUCAACCCGAGGAAUUGGUUAUGCUCUCACUCGACACCUCCUCCAGAAGACAUCCUUGCCCAUCCUCGCAACAGCUCGUCUCCAACACGACCCAGAAGGUGUGAAGAAAUUACUCCUCGAAGGUCUCCCCGAGAAAGAAGGUCUCACCAAACGCCUCUCAAUCGUUCACGCGGAUGCCACAGACGAAGAGUCUCUCAUUGAUGCAGCUUCCAGAGCUGCCGAGCUGUUCCCCCCUGACAAGCACCAUCUGCGGCUUGCAUGUGCUGUUCCUGGCGUCCUCAAACCCGAAAAGAAUGUCAACCAGAUAGACGCCGAGGCUAGUCUGGGGCAAUUCCGUAUCAACACCAUUGGUCCUCUACUUCUUAUUAAACACUUCGACAAGUUUCUUCCCAGGCGGACCUCUGAGCUCGAGGGUAGCCCCGACAGCGAUGAGGUAAAGAUGCCUCCCCACUCGGUAUGGCUCAGUAUGGCAGCUCGGGUUGGCUCCACGUCAGAUAAUAGGGCUGGGGGAUGGUUCUCAUAUCGGGCGAGCAAGGCGGGAGUUAUCAGCCUGGGCAAGAGUUACGACAUAUUUCUUCGUGGGCGGAGUGGCGAUAAGGCCAUAUCCAUUGCCUACCACCCUGGCACGGUCAAGACAGACCUCAGCAAGGGGUUUUGGGAGAGUACAAAGGAGGGCAAACUAUUCAGCCCCGAAUACGCUGUCGACAGACUUGUGAAAAUCGCGACAGGUCUCCCCCUGGAGGGUCGAGGCAAGUGUAUGGACUGGGAUAACAAGGAGAUCCUCCCAUAAGUAAGACGUAAACUACAGUAGAAUGGCAAUAAAAGAGUUCAACAGAUAA